AUGAAUGAUAAGGCUGAAAUGUUUGUGAUUGGAAUUUCAGCGAUGCCAUGGUUUGGAAUUGACAUUGGUGGAACGUUGGUGAAGUUGGUCUAUUUUGAGCCACGAGAUCAUGUAAUGGCAUUGAUUCAUCAUGAUGAAGUGCUUGAAACAGAGGAUGACCUCUUACGUGGACGUACUAUACAGCGUUAUUUAAUUACGAAUAAGGCUUAUGGACAGUCGGGCGUUCGAGAUGAUCACUUGCAACUAAGUGGCGUUGAAAUAAAUGGCCGAACCGGAACAAUUCAUUUCAUUCGUUUUCCAACCGAUCGAAUGGUUGAUUUUAUUGCACUCGUUAAAAGUCGAGGUUUCGCACAAAUGAGCAGUACGGUUUGUGGCACUGGUGGGGGAGCUGUGAAAUACGCAAAACUCGCUGAAACGCAGUUGAAUAUGCAAUUGCAUAAAGCUGACGAAUUAGAAUCGCUCAUAAAAGGAAUUGAAUUUGUGGCGGCCACAAACCCAGAUGAAUGCUAUUAUUAUGAGAAUCCACUGGAUGAUGAUAAGUGCAAAAAAGUGAUUUGGCGAUGGUCAAGUGGUCGUUGCUCAACAUCGGAUCUGUUGGCAGAAGCUGAAAAAGAGGGACAGCAACAAGACGGUCUACAGUAUCCAUAUAUAGUUUGUAAUAUUGGUAGUGGUGUGUCUGUUUUGGCCGUUAGAGGGCAUGACGAUUUUGAGCGUAUUUCUGGCAGCAGUAUUGGUGGUGGUUUCUUUCAAGGCUUGUGUGCAAUAAUGUGCGGUUGUGAAACAUUUGAAGAAUCAAUUGAGCUGGCAUCACGAGGAGAUAAUCGUAAUGUAGAUAAAUUAGUGAAAGAUAUUUACGGAACUGGUUAUGAUCAGAUUGGUCUGCCGGGUGAUAUUGUUGCUGCGAGUUUUGGUAAGGUGUGUUCAGCGAAGGAUCGUGAUAAGAUACGAAAGGAGGAUCUAGCAAGAUCUGCACUCGUGACCACUACUAAUAAUAUCGGUUCCAUCGCCUUCAAUGGCGCCAAAGCAUAUGGUAUUGAUCGUAUCGUCUUCGUCGGUAAUUUUCUGCGUGUGAAUCCAAUCGCUGCACGUUUACUGAGCAACGCAAUGACAUUCUGGUCAAAAGGAACGAAGAAAGCGCUCUUUCUUGUCCAUGAGGGUUAUUUCGGUGCGGUGGGUUGUUUGGAUAAAUUAGUAGAUGUUACCGAAAUGCGACGAAGAUUACGUCGUGCUCGUGAGAAUAUGAAGUUGAAUGAACAACAAGCAACAUCACCAGUAAUAGCGAACUGCGAUGAUAGUUCGUUGAAAGUACAAACAAACAACAGUAGUAUUACAAAUAUCACUGUUUCAACCACUAAUCCAUAUACUGCAAUUCCUUAA